AGGGGACUUCAGGGCAUCUGUGGGAACUAACUUUCAGACCUCAUUUAUUUAAACCAUGCUCAGGGGUGGGUUUUGCAGCCUCGGUGUAGGGAUGUUCAUCCCACAGCUCUAUCUGCUCUUCACCCUGAUGGCUCUCCUAAAGCAUCACAGGGACACAAGGUGUAAAAGCCUGUCCUGCAAAGCAGCGAUUCCUUCAAAUUUGUGGUGAAUAUCACAACGAAUUUAUCUCAACUCCCUGUCCCUGAAGGUCUCAGGUCUGAGCUGACCCCAGCAUUGAACAGAGAGCAGCAGCCGGGGAGAGGAGCUAGUGGCAAAUCACUGCUUUGUUUGUAAGUCGUCCCAGUGACCGAUAAACCCUCGUGGAGAAUUUUUUAAAUACCUCGCAGUGCGGCCAUACGCAAGGGCUGCGUUUUUUACGUCAGCGGCCAGCUGCUGCCUCGCACCCAGCCCUGCUCUCCGAGCUGGUGGCUUUUUAAUCACAUUUUUUCACUUAAAGUCACUGAGUCAUCAGUUUGUGCGUUGGGAUGAAUGCUGAUACCCUGGCACUACUGCCUGUGUCCCACUAACCCACCCUGUCUGUCCAGCUGCACCAGAUGUGACUGUUGUACCUUAAAAAUCCUUCAAAACGGGGAGUUGAAUUUGGUAGGAGCUAAGCUAUCCAGAAACCACGCUUUGCAGAAAUGAUUUAUUUUCCGCAACAACGUGGGUUGCAUGUUUUGGGGGGUUUCCUGCAGGCAGGGAGCGAUGCUUAUCUCUGCCUUGGAGAUGGGAACAGACCCAAAUCCCUGCCUGAGCUCUCAUCGCCGGUUUGUCCGUCCUCAGCGGCAGCCCGAGAGGUUUAAAGCGUGAACGUUACCCUUAUAGGGAGGUGCCAAGGGCUGGCCUGGGCGCCGGGAGUUUUGAAAUCCCACGGCAAACUAGGGAUUACCCCCUUCCUUGUCCCGUGUUCAUCCCAGCCCGGGCCAGCCUCGCCUAUGCCGUGGGAUGCUUGGCGUUCCUGCGAGCAUCCCAGGGCCGCCGGCCACCCUCCCCACGGCCGCCAAGUGCCGGCAGAGCCGGCAGCUGGAUUGGCUGCGGUGGCCGAACCUUUCCUUUUUAGGCUGCGUGCCUGCUCCGGCUCGGGGCUUUGCCGCCGCGGUCCGAGCUUCAAACUGGCUGUGCCGAGGCAUCCUGUCCUGGCUGGCUGUGGUGCCAUGGGUCGGGGUGGUUUUGGGGAAUCCUGCUGGAGUGGGGAGCUUGGAGUUGACCUACCCGUUCCCAGGCAAAUGCCAGGGGUGGAAUAGCAAAGCAGAGCGGGGUCUCGGGUCGAUACCCGGCCGUUUGCACCAGUCCAGGGUUUGGGGGUGUCUCCGUGGCUUUGGGCCCCACCGUGGGUGGGACGGGGUCCUGACACAGGCUCCGUGCAGCCCCCCAGCACAGCUGUGCUCCCUCCACGUGGGGCUUUCCCAGUGCUGGCAUGGGCCACUCCCUCAAUCCAACCCCCUAUUUCCCCCCCCUGCCCCACUCUCUGCUGGGUUUGGGGUUAAUUUUUUUUUUUUUUUUUUUUUUUUUUUUUUUUUUUUUUUUUUUUCCCAGCAUGUCAUAUAUGGCAACCUUUUGCCUCGGUGACCUCAUGUUUGGCGGUGAACCAAGGGAACCGGGUUGGGAUGUGAGGCAGCGGCAGGUCCCUGGGGCUCAGGGCGUGCAGUGGGGACGCUGACAAGUGUACGGCCAGGGGACCCAGGGGACAAAUCCAGUCCCCGAGUGCUGAGGUUUCCCUGGAGGAAGUGGGAUAACUGGGGCAGAGCCACUGCCUGGGGAUGUUGGAGGUACGAGCGGGCUGGCCAUGCCAGGGAGACACCAUGUCCCUGUCCUGCCCCGUGGGGUGACAGCCCAGAGUCCGCUCCCCCUCUCUGGGGCCAGGGGGGACAUCGGGACUCUCGGGUCCCUUCUGGUGGUGGUGGGACCCUGCAGCUCUUGGUCUUUAUUGCUGCACCGGUGCCUUGACAUCCCUGCCCUGAGCACAGCCCAGGACCCUGCAAAGCAAAGCAGGAGGUAGCCCAGGCACCCCGUGCCUCAGUUUCCCCAUCUGCAACCUGAGUCCCCCCUAGCUCGGGGGCAUCUCUCCUGCCUCCCCCCUGCCCCAGCUGCUUGGGGAGAGUCCCCGGUGCGGGACAGUUGCCCUUAAAAAGGCAGCUGGGAGUUUGGCAGCCGCUGGUUGGCCUCUGCGAGGGCCGUCGGCCGCUGCGGCUCCGCUCGCCGCAUGCCAAGGCUGCAUCCGCAGGGGUGGCUCUGGUCUCCUCCCCAUGCUGCAUUUGGGCAGGGGGGCCAGAGGACAGCACCCACAUUGCACCUUGGGGUGUCUGGGCUCAUCCUGUCUCCAAAAUCCUCCUGGGGAGAGGGUGAGAGCUGUGUGCACCCCGUGACACAAAGCUGGGCUUCGGACCUGCCAGUCCCAGCCCUGGGCAAGCUGAGGAUUUGGGGAACGAGGGGCUUUGGGGCACCAAAAGCCCAAAAAUGGGGGCAGAAAGAAAAAACCCCGGGGUGAGACAGCCCAAAGGUGCCAGAUGCCGGCGAGACACAGGGGAACCGAGGCCGGGAGGAAGCAAUGCACCAACCCAGUGCAUUUCCAGUGUCUUGGCGAUGCCAAAUUCCCAUCCCGGCUCUGGGAUGUCCCCCAUGGCAGAGCCCUGACACCCACCUCCACCCGGGUGGGGUUUCUCCACACUUUCCCCAGGAAUCAGGGAUGCUUCCACCUCCUUUUUGCCGAGACCGUCACUUAUAAGGACUUGUGUCUCACUUGUUUAUCAGAGCGGAGCAUAAAAGGAACAGACUCACAAAUGGGAUGUUGCCUCCGAAGCAUCCCUGCAUACAUUUUUCUUACAAUAAUUAACCAUGCUGGGUCCUACCAUCAGUCCAAGGUCAAUUUAAUGAAACAAAACACCUUAUAUGGCCAUAUGGCUAACACACCAUCACUUAGCCUAUUUAGGGUCUUUGUUUAGAGAGGAUCCGCCUCUGAGGUUUCACGGGCUCGCUGGUAUUUAUACCAAAGGCACAUCAGGACUCGGUCCCAGAGGAAAGGAGCUCUCGCCUCCGCGGUGAGUACUGCCCAGCCCUGGUUUCCCUUUUCCUUGCAGGAGAGCGGGAAGGAAAAACACCCCGGGGGGGCUUUGGGGUGCCCUGGCAUUUAUGGGGUGACCCCAACUCGGUUUGCACAGCACGGGGGGGGAUGCCAACCCCGGCACGACCCUGCAGCCAGGGGCUUCUGUGGAGGCGAUGAGAGCUGGGCUGUGGCCAAAGCGGGUUGUGCUCUUCCAGAAAUCCUUGCGAUUUUGGUUUUUUUCUUUUUGGGCUCCUGUGAGGUUUUCGCCUGCUUCCCUCUGGAUUUGGGAGCGCAUCCGCCGGCAGAGGUGGAGGGUACCCCCUGGGAAGGGCUAUUUUUUUCCCAUUUUUGGGAAAGGAUGCAAGGGCAGAGCAGCGAGGGGCUGCCGAGACAGGACUGGAUGAGAGGGCAUUGCCUGCCUUCCCCCUGCCCGCUCGGCGGGCACCGGCCAGGGAUGAAAAAGCCGGAGCACCCCGAGGAGCGCUGCUGCCAGUCAAGCACGGGCAGGAAGCUUUGGCACCCAUUUCGGGCACCGGCUGGCGAAGGAUGGAGAAGCAGCAUCAGCGUGGAGCAGCACCCGUGAGGGAUGAGCAUCACCCCGCUGCCAGCAUCGCUGCACCAGGGUCGGACCACAGAGGAUUUUGUGGGGCCGCGCAUCCCCAAGGACUCUAACCCUUCCGACACCCAAAGCCGGACGCGGUGGCGCGGCGUAACCCUCUCCCCCACCCUUUAACGCUGUUUUCCCCCUUCGCCCCAGCUUUUCCCCCAGGUCCCCCUGAACGCCAACCGCUCCCGGCCCCACCAUGUGCGAGGAGGAGACCACCGCCCUGGUCUGCGACAACGGCUCCGGCCUCUGCAAAGCCGGUUUUGCCGGCGACGAUGCUCCCCGCGCCGUCUUCCCCUCCAUCGUGGGGCGGCCCCGGCACCAGGGUGUCAUGGUAGGCAUGGGGCAGAAAGACAGCUACGUGGGCGACGAGGCGCAGAGCAAGAGGGGUAUCCUCACGCUCAAGUACCCCAUUGAGCACGGCAUCAUCACCAACUGGGAUGACAUGGAGAAGAUCUGGCACCACUCCUUCUACAAUGAGCUGCGCGUGGCCCCCGAGGAGCACCCGACCCUGCUCACCGAGGCACCCCUCAACCCCAAGGCCAACCGGGAGAAGAUGACGCAGAUCAUGUUUGAAACCUUUAACGUCCCCGCCAUGUACGUCGCCAUCCAAGCUGUCCUCUCCCUCUACGCCUCCGGCCGCACAACCGGCAUCGUCCUCGACUCCGGGGAUGGCGUCACCCACAACGUGCCCAUCUAUGAGGGCUACGCUCUGCCCCAUGCCAUCAUGCGUCUCGACUUGGCCGGCCGUGACCUCACUGACUACCUCAUGAAGAUCCUCACCGAGAGGGGCUACUCCUUCGUCACCACCGCCGAGCGGGAAAUUGUGCGCGACAUCAAGGAGAAGCUCUGCUACGUGGCCCUCGACUUUGAGAACGAGAUGGCCACGGCUGCCUCCUCCUCCUCGCUGGAGAAGAGCUACGAGCUCCCCGAUGGGCAGGUCAUCACCAUCGGGAAUGAGCGUUUCCGCUGCCCUGAGACCCUCUUCCAACCCUCCUUCAUCGGCAUGGAGUCAGCUGGCAUCCAUGAGACGACCUACAACUCCAUCAUGAAGUGCGACAUCGACAUCCGCAAGGACCUCUAUGCCAACAACGUGUUGUCCGGCGGCACCACCAUGUACCCCGGCAUCGCCGACCGCAUGCAGAAGGAAAUCACGGCGCUGGCUCCCAGCACCAUGAAGAUCAAGAUCAUCGCCCCACCGGAGCGGAAGUACUCGGUGUGGAUCGGCGGCUCCAUCCUGGCGUCCCUCUCCACCUUCCAGCAGAUGUGGAUCAGCAAACCCGAGUACGACGAGGCCGGACCCUCCAUCGUCCACCGAAAAUGCUUUUAAGCCCCCUCCCCACCCCGCGGCGGCCCCCCCGACCCGGGCCGGGGUGCCCCGCUCCUCCUCGCUCCCCGCUGCUCCUCCCCACCGCCCACUGUGCAUUAAAGCCUUUUCUCCAGGCUCUGCCCCUU